AUGCUGGUUUCUGUACUAGCAAGACAAAAACACCUGAAAUCCAGCAAGGCUGAGGUUGAGGAAACUCUACAGAGAAUUGAAGCUCACGGGAGUGUGGUUGGAACCAUUAUUGCUAAUGCAGAUGGUAUUCCCAUCCGAUCGACAUUUGACAUUUCUAAAGCUGGCAAGUACGCGGAAGUCCUUCGCCACCUCACCGCCAUGGCCAGGAGCACCGUUAGGGAUGUGGACCCUCAGAAUGACCUUGUCGUGAUGCGCAUCAGCACUAAGAGUCAGGAGAUUAUGAUUGCACCAGAGAACUCCUAUCUACUCAUACUAGUCCAGCAGAAAGCUGAUAAAUACACAAGAUAA